UCACCUUUCUCCACACCCACACAAAUAGGAAAAGACUCCGACGCCAACAGCAGAGCUCCAACUCUGAUAUACCCAAACCCAAAACUAAAAAAAUGACCUCAAUUCCAACUACUUUCCACAUUCUUUCAGAACAUUCAUCAAACAGAUACAGUUAGUUUAAAAGGAUUUCCAAGUAACAGUUCCUUCAAAAUUUCAAGAAACUGUAUAAGCGCUCCUCAAAUUUGCUCUGCAAUGGCAGCCGCCGCCGCCGCCACGUCACUCUGUUUCACUUCUUCGUUGAGCUUGACGCCCCAGAACCAGAGGAAUUUGUUCCCUCCUCUAGGCUCUUCAUCGUCUUGCUUCUCGGCUGGUGGGGACCCCGUCUGGGGCAACAGGAAGUUUCUGCGGGUUUCUUUAUCGUCUGCUACACAAUUGAAUAAGAAAAUGGCUGCAAGGAGGUUUGGCAGAGCGGUUGUGGUUGCUGCAGCCGAUUAUUACUCCACUCUUGGAGUGCCAAAAUCAGCUAGUGGCAAGGAAAUUAAGGCUGCUUAUAGAAGGCUGGCUAGGCAGUACCAUCCAGAUGUCAACAAAGAACCUGGAGCAACUGAAAAAUUCAAGGAGAUCAGUGCUGCAUAUGAGGUACUAUCAGACGAUAAAAAGAGAGCUCUGUAUGAUCAAUAUGGUGAAGCUGGCGUUAAAAGUACAGUAGGCGGAGCUGGUGGUUAUACGGCUACAAACCCUUUUGAUCUAUUCGAGGCAUUUUUUGGCCCUAGUAUGGGUGGGUUCUCUGGAAUGGAUGGGUCUGCAUUUGGAACAUCACGUCGUACUACUGUUACCAAAGGUGAAGAUCUCCGAUAUGAUAUGACAUUGGAAUUUUCGGCGGCUAUAUUUGGGACAGAAAAAGAGUUUGAGCUGUCCCAUCUUGAAACAUGUGAUGUUUGUGCUGGUACUGGAGCAAAACUAGGUUCCAAAAUGAGGAUAUGCUCAACAUGUGGUGGCAGAGGUCAAGUCAUGAGAACUGAGCAAACACCUUUUGGCAUGUUUUCACAGGUUUCUGUAUGCCCAAAUUGUGGUGGGGAUGGUGAAAUGAUAUCUGAAUCCUGUCGUAAAUGCUCUGGUGCUGGCCGGAUACGAGUUAGAAAAGAUAUCAAAGUGAAAAUUCCUCCUGGAGUAAGCAAGGGCAGUAUUCUUCGAGUUGCCGGAGAGGGUGACGCAGGGCUAAAAGGGGGCCCACCUGGAGAUCUUUAUGUCUAUCUUGAUAUUGAAGAGAUACCUGAGAUUCAAAGAGAUGGCAUAAAUCUCUCUUCUAUAAUUUCAAUCAGCUACCUGGAUGCCAUAUUGGGGACUGUUGUGAAGGUUAAGACAGUUGAAGGAAUGACCGACCUGCAGAUUCCUCCGGGUACUCAACCUGGAGAUGUGCUUGUCUUGGCAAGAAAAGGUGUGCCUAAACUGAACAGGCCAUCAAUACGUGGUGACCAUCUAUUCACUGUUAAAGUUAGCAUUCCAAAGCGUGUCAGUUCAAAGGAACGUGAGCUGCUCGAGGAGCUUGCUUCUCUUGGGAGUGCCCCUGCCAAUCGGUCAAAAACUCGCCCGAAAGUUGAACAACCUGAUGAAAGUACAGAAAGUGAACAAAGUUCCAUCACUGAAAAGAAAGAUGAAUCAGAAGAUCAAGAUGACUUAUGGAAGAAGUUGAAAGAUUUUGCUGGGUCUAUGGCAAAUGGAGCUUUGAAAUGGUUCAAAGACAACUUAUAAUUCUUCAUUUGCGUAACAGUCAUCCUCGAGGAAUACCAACCUUGCUCAACAUAUACUUGCUCUUACUGAUAUCAGAGUGUCAUCUUUUCUUGAUGUCGGGUCGUUUCACCCUUCUUCUCAAUGAUCUUAGACUCUAGCUGAGAAAAAUGGACAAGAAUAUUGUGGGAAUUCUUUGAUUUUUUCCCCCUCACCAGUGCUGUGAGUCACCGUAGAGUUGUCUGAAUUGUAUUCUUUUGUAUCCAUGAAAGAAUAGAGUGGCAGUACUUAGAAAAUCUUGCAAAAUACCUUCUUUGAUCUUCA